AUGUGUAACUCUCGAGUUUUUCUUGCGUCAAAUAGAUUGUUUCUUUUUUGCGUGCUGCUCUCAUUGGCAGCCACAGGUGCAUUCACUCCAUCGCAUCGGUCACGGCGCAACUCGGGCCUACUUUUACGCUUCAGUACAACAGCAAUUCCGGAUGGAAUUGUGAAGCAAGUUUCCUCUCCAGGGAGUGGAAAGGCUGUCAACUUGGGUGACAUUGCUACUGUCAGAUAUUCAUGUUAUGUAUCCGGAAAUGGAGAUGCUCUUCCAGUUGCUCGGGCGGACAGACAAAAAAUGGUUGUCGGCGAUGGUACCAUGGUAGCUGGAUGGGAUAAGGCCCUUCGGACGAUGUCGGUCGGAGAACGAUCGAUAGUCAAGGUGACAAAUCCUGAAUUGGGAUAUGGCAAUGAAGGCGUUCCCGAUUUGAUCCCUCCAGGAGCGAAAUUAGAAUUCGAUAUCGAAAUUCUAGAAGCACAACCACCAAUGCAAAAUAUCGACUUUGACAGUAUUGCAAUGGCUGACAAUACACCGCGCACUGCGUCCGAUAUUGCAGCGGCGUACGAGCAACGACAAGCUUUGAGAGCACAAAGUGGCCCAGAGAAAGAAGGAUUUGAAGGAUGGAUUGAAAAGGCAAAGAAUUUCUACUUCUUUGGAUUUUUUGAAGGAGAAACUGGUCAACAAGCACCAUGGUUCUUGCGACCAAGUAUCACGUUUCCGCUGGCGUUUCUCGUCGUCGGUGCUGCAUUUUAUGUGAGUGUCAUUUCCGGUGCAAUUAGUGAACGAGGCGCUGAAGUUACGGACGAGCUCGACGAGAUCAUUAUCUCAAUGGCAAAGAUGAUUGGAAAAAGUAGUUUGAAUGCAUAA